AUGGAGGACAUUGCGGUCGUCGGCUUGGGCCUCCGCUUCCCUGGAGACGCAACCUCCCCGGAAGAGCUCUGGGGGGUUCUUGAGCGCGCCGAGUCUCAGUGGUCCGAGUUCCCAGACGACCGUCUCAAUAUUGACGGUUAUUUUCACCCGGGUGGAGAUCGCCAAGGCAGUAUAUCCUUUCGUGGGGCACAUUUUCUCAAAGGGGAUAUUGCCGCCUUCGACUCUCCGUUCUUCUCAGUCGCAGCCGAAGAUGCCAAGGCCAUCGAUCCUCAGCAAAGGAUGCUCCUCGAAGUCUCCUACGAGGCGCUCGAGAGCGCUGGCCUCCGCAAAGAGGACCUCGACGGCAGCGACACAGCAGUCUACGUCGGAUCCUUCGUCAAAGACUACGAGCAAAUCUGCCUUCGCGAUCCAGACUGGCAGCCGCGAUAUGCGGCGACCGGCAAUGGCAUCGCCAUCAUGGCCAACCGCAUCUCGCACUUCUUCAACUUCCACGGCCCCAGCAUGACCCUUGACACUGGCUGCAGCGGCAGUCUCGUGUCGGUUCACCUGGCCGCACAAAGCCUGCGGAACGGUGAAUCCUCCUUGGCCAUCGCGGCUGGUUCGGGCAUGAUCCUGACACCAAAUACCAUAAUGCCCAUGACGGCUCUCAACUUCCUAAGUCCCGACGGCAAGUGCUUCACGUUUGACGCGCGCGCCAACGGAUACGGGAGGGGCGAGGGGAUCGGCGUUGUCGUCCUAAAGCGCAUGUCCGACGCGAUCCGAGACAACGACACGAUCCGGGCCGUGAUCCGGGGCACCGCCGUCAACCAGGACGGCCGGACUCCCGGCAUCACGCUGCCAAGCAAGGAGGCCCAAAUCUCCAACAUAACCUCUGUCUAUGCGGGAGCCGGACUCGACUUCAGCCAGACGGCGUACGUGGAAUGUCACGGCACGGGCACCCAGGCAGGUGACUGGCGGGAGCUCGGGGCUAUUUCCGAGACUCUCGGCGCUGGCAGGCCCGUUGAUCGGCCCAUUGUCGUCGGGUCCAUCAAGCCCAACAUCGGUCAUCUUGAAGGCGCCGCCGGCGUGGCCGGGAUGAUCAAGGGCGUCAUGGUGCUCGAGCACGCCAAGAUUCCGCCCAAUAUCAACUUUGAGUCCGGGAACCCGGCCAUUGACUUUGAGGACUGGAGGGUAAAGGUUCCUCAGUCUGUCAUGGAGUGGCCGAUGGAGGGCCUUCGUCGGGUGAGCGUCAACUGCUUCGGCUUCGGCGGCACAAACGCCCAUGCGAUCCUCGACGAGGCUCCCGCCUAUCUCUCCGCUCGGGGCUUGACCGGCCAUCACAGCUCUUUUGACCACGCCGCAUCUCCUGUUGAAGAGAUGGCUCCUUGCCUGCAGCUGUUCUGCUACUCAUCGCACGAGAAGAACGGCGUACUGCGCAUCAUCAAGUCCCACCUCGGCUUCUUCGAGGCCCGGCAGCAGGACUGUUCGGCUUCCUCCCUGCGUGACUACGCAUACACGCUCGGCUGUCGACGAUCCAACCUGGAAUGGAGAGGCUUUGUCGUGGCCAGCUCGCUGUCGCAUCUCGCGUCCAAGGUCCAGGACAUGGGCCACGACACUGUUGUGCGCGCCUCGCGGGACAAGAAGCCCCGUAUAUGCUUCGUCUUCUGCGGCCAGGGUGCCCAGUGGGCACAGAUGGGAAAGCACCUCAUGCCGUUCGAUGCCUUCCGCCUCAGCCUCGAGGAGGCCAGCCGAUACAUGUCCACGGACCUGGGCUCCUCGUUUGAUCUCAUGGCGGAGAUGCUCAGAAACGAGGCGGAAACGUGCAUCUCGCAGGCGCACAUAUCACAGCCCGCCACGACCGCCGUACAAGUCGCCCUCGUCGACCUCUUCAAGUCCCUUGGCAUCUCCCCCCGGCAUGUGGUCGGUCAUUCUUCUGGUGAGAUUGCCGCUGCCUAUGCCUCUGGCGCCCUGUCGAGGCAGGAGGCGUGGCAGGUCGCCUACUAUCGAGGCCUUGCUGCCUCGAGCAUGCCCGUCAGAGCCCCGAAGCUCAAGGGGGCCAUGAUGGUCGUGGGCAUGUCGCACGAGGAGACCGAGGCCUAUCUUGCGUCCGUCAACCGGUCGGCCCAGAUCGCCUGCAUCAACAGCCCCCGAUCCAUCACCAUCUCCGGCCAGGCUGAGGCCAUCGACUUCAUCGACAAGGACCUGCGCAGCAAGAAGACCUUCUGUCGAGUGCUCAACGUCAACAUUGCCUAUCAUUCCUCUCACAUGAAGCUCGUGGCACACGACUACAGGGCAUCUCUGGUCCACAUCUCGCCGCGCGCGUGCUCUCCGUCUGUCAGCAUGCUCUCUUCGGUCACGGGCAAUGCCAUCAAGGGCACGGAGCUCGACGCCUCGUACUGGGCCGGCAACAUGGUAUCUCCCGUGCAAUAUGUCGCCGCCAUUCAGGCCUUGAUGCAGCGCCCAGUCGAGGAGAGACCGAAUAUCAUCAUAGAGCUCAGUCCCCGGGCAUCUCUGCGGUCGCCUACCUCGGACAUUCUGUCCACCGAGACCGGCGACUCGCAACCCACCUAUCGCUCAGUCCUUGAGCCCAAGGUGGACGGCGUUGCCGCUCUGCUGGAGCUUGUGGGUGAGCUCUGGUCUCGAGGAUACCCGGUCAACAUGAAGGCGGUCCUUGAGCAAGGCUCGCCUCGGAAUCCGCCAAAAUGCCUCUCGGACCUUCCCCCUUAUCCCUGGAAUCACUCCAAGUCGUACUGGCACGAGUCUCACCUGAGCCUAGCCAAUCGGUUCAGAGAAUAUGGCCGGCAGGACCUCAUCGGUGCGCCCACUGCGGAUUCCGUGCCGUUUGAGCCCAGAUGGCGUGGCUUCCUCCGCGUCUCGGAGAACCCCUGGAUCCAGGACCAUCAGGUGCAGAAGACCAUUGUCUAUCCCGCAGCGGGCAUGGUGUCCAUGGCCCUCGAGGGCGCCAGGCAGAUGAACCGUGCCGGCAUCGUGGGCUAUGAAAUCGCCAACAUGCAGAUCGAGAGGGCCAUGAUCAUUCCAAACACCGCCCAUGGCCUGGAGGUCGCCCUGAAUAUCAAGACGUGUCAAGAGUCGGCCGAGGACGGGCAGGGUUCUGCACCCGUCGAGUUUUCGAUCUAUUCGAAGCCGCUCAACCACGAGUGGGAGCGGAAUGCCAGAGGCAGUCUGUAUUUCAGGACGGGGGCUGGCGGCUGGGACGCCGUCUUCCGGACCCGUGACGCCCAGCACAAGACUCUCGACGAGACUUGCACGGAAGCUCUGAAGCCGCGCCAGCUGUACGAGUUCCUCGACACCGUCGGCAUGAACUAUGGCCCCCUCUUCCAGAACAUCACCGAGAUUCGCAAGGGGGGAAACUGCUGCGUCGGCAAGGUUCGUGUGCCGGACACCAAGUCCAAGAUGCCCGCCAAGUUCGAGUUCCCUCAUCUGAUUCACCCUGCAACCCUCGACUCCAUGUUUCAGACCUUGUUCGCCAUCGACUCUUCACCAAUGGUACCCACAUUCAUCAAGAGCAUCUUUGUAUCGGCGAAUGUCGAUGACCCGGAUCCCUCUCCCUUUGCCGGCUAUGCCGUGGCAGAGCGCACAGGCAUCCGAGAUUCCGAUGCUACCAUUGUCAUGACGCGCCCUGGCCCGGUUCCAGCCCGUGUCGUCAUUGAGGGCCUUCAUCUCACCGGCCUGUCCACUCCGUCUGCCACCGACGGCGGCUUCUUGCCGAACCACCGCAAUCUCUGCACCGAGAUUGUCUGGAACCAGGACGCUGCGUUUGCACGCCCGACCACAUACGCUGAACAGGUCGCCCUGCUCGCUCACAAGUAUCCCGCGCUGGCGGUGCUCCAAGUCGGCGGAGGGCCUGCCGUGACCUCGGCAACUCUUGCGAUUGUAGCUCCUGGUCGAGACGAGACGCCUCGCCUAUCAAGAUACACUGUGGUCCAACGUCCCGGCACGGACGAUGCUGAACAGGCUCUGUCUCACGUCAAGGGCACGUCACUCGAGCAUUUCUUGGAGGUGAAGAAGGACUGCUCCGAGCUCCUGGCCGACUAUCACCUCAUAGUCGCCUUUGCUGACACUGAUAUUGACGCGGACAGCUUGAAGAAGCACUUGAGAGUCGGCGGCGUGCUUCUGCACCAGCCAGUUGCAGACACCCAUUCGAAGAGCAACGGACAUGUAGCGCACAAGAAGUUGCAGGUAUCUUCCCAAGUCGAGAUGGCCGUCACGGACAACCCUCCCAUCUCUAUGGACGCCUUCCGAAGCCACCCCAAAACUGUUGCUGGGGCAGCUUCUCACGGCGUCGCGGUUCUGUUGCCCGAGGCACCCAGCGCAGAGGCCCUGGAUCUCGCGGCAGGGCUGGUGCAGCAGCUCAGUGAGGGUGAGCCGGGUCUGAGAGUGUCUUCGGUGUCGGUGCAGAAAAUUCAGGACGAUGCGGCGCUGCUUACGGGGAGCAUUGUUCUUUCGCUCCUCGACUUUGCCACAUCCGACACCGAAGGCCGUUGGGUCUUUGACUGGAACGAAUCCGGCUUCAAAGCUUUCGAUGCUGUGCAAAGGUCUGCCAGGGGCAUUAUCUGGAUAACUCGAGGCGCUCACAUGAAACCGCUGAACCCCAAGGGCGCGCCAAUUAUUGCGCUGGCCAGGACGCUCAUGUCCGAGGACCCCCUGAAGACAAUCGUCACCUUGGACCUGGGCGCCCUCUCGCAGCUGGGCCAUCCAUCCGUCAUCCAAACCGCCGUUUCUGUAUUCAGGCGGAGCUUCCAGACCAACCCAGGCUCUGAUCCUCGGGAAACCGAGUACGCCGAGGAAGACGGCAAGCUCUACGUGCCCCGUCUCAGCACCGUCCGGUCCCUGAACCAGCUCAUCGAAGGCGACAACCAUCACGACGGCCUUGUCCAGACGCCAUUCUCCUCUCUCCCGGGCAAUGACGUUGCACAGUCCGGCCUCUCCCUCACCAUUGCAAAACCAGGCAUUGCUGAUGGGUCACUAUACUUCUCUGAGCUUAAUCACGCCGAGCUGGGGCCGGAUGAUGUCGAGAUCGAAUUCGAGAAGGCACCCCUGACCCAUCUAGAUCUCGACACCGUCAUGGGCCGGACCGUCGAGCCAACCAUUGGGAUGGACGUCGUGGGUCGUGUGAAGCGGGUUGGACGCAGCGUGACAGGCAUCCAGCCCGCGGAUUGCGUGGCCGCCUUGGUAUCCGGAGGCACGAUUCAAAACACGAUCCGCGCAAAAGCAGGGCUCGUGACGAGAUACCAGCCCGGCCUGGUGCCCAGCCUUUACGCCAGUGCUUACCAUGCAAUCAUCGACGUCGGGAGGGCCAGACGCGGCCGAAGGAUCCUCGUCCAGGCGGGAGCAAGCGCCUACGGGCUGGCCGCAGUCCAGAUGGCGAGAUCGGUAGACGCCGAGGUGUUUGCAACGGUCCUCGGGUCCGAGUCUACACUCCAACGAGAGAUUCUUGUUAAAUGCGGCGUUCCUGACGAUCACAUCUUUGACGCCGACUCGGAUAGCUUCGUCAAGGCCGUCCAGGCCGCGAGCAGCGGGAAAGGCGUAGACAUUGUCUACAACCCAACAACAGAGCACGUCGAGGCGGGCUUCAAGUGUGUUCGGAAAUGUGGGACCGUUGUCCAGUUCGCCAACAAGUCGCCCUCGCCUCGGGCAUUGCCCAUGGUGGAGGGCUCGGUCACCGUCGUCAACCUGGACCUCUGCCAGCUCCUGAGGGAGGAAGAGGAGUACGUCGCCGAAAUAUUGGACCGCGCCACUCGUCACAUGGCUGAGCGACUGCCCGCCUCUGCCCUGCAUCCUGAGACGGAGCAUGGCUACGGCAUCAACCAGCUCGAGGACGCGCUCCGGCACAUCCAAAGGGUCCCGUACGUAGGCUAUUCGUCGGUGAGCGCCGACGGGUGCAACGUACCCGUCGUCAACAAGAACCCGACGAAGCCGCUGAGCCAGGCGCUCGACGGCAACGGGACCUAUCUCCUCGCCGGCGGCCUGGGGGGUCUCGGGCAGAGCGUGUCGGAGCUGCUGGUCAGCAACGGCGUGCGGCACCUUGCCUACAUAUCCCGGUCAGGCGCGUCCUCGGACAAGGCCAGGCUGUUCAUCGAAGGCCUGCACGCUCGGGGCAUCGACGCGCGAGCCUAUAGCGCCGACAUCUGCGACGAGGCGGGACUGACAGAGCUCAUGAUCAGCCGCGUGGCGGCCGAGAUGCCGCCCGUCAGAGGCGUCUUCCAGUGCGCCGCCGUCAUCAAGGACGCCGUCUUCGACAACAUGGCAUACGCCGACUGGGUCGCGGCCACCAGGCCCAAGACGGUUGGCUCGCUGAGUCUCGUGCGAUCCAUGGCGGCGGCGGGCCAGGACCCCUUCUUCAUCUUCCUCGCCAGCUCGGCCGGCGUCAUCGGGAAUCGAGGCCAGGCCAACUACGCCGCGGGCAACUGCUUCGAGGACGCGCUGGCGCGACACUGCCGCCUGCAGGGCAGACACGCCGUGUCCAUCGACCUGGGCCCCGUCCUGGGCGCCGGCAUGCUGGCCGAGGACGACGAGAUCCUCAGCAUGCUCCGGGCCAGCGGCUUCUACGGCAUCCGACACGGCGACUUCCUCAAGGUGGUCGAGCAUGCCAUCACCAUGGAGACGACGCCCGGCACCAGCAUGCCGGCGCAGGUCAUCCUGGGCGUCGGGACGGGCGGCAUCAUCCGGCAGAACCAGCCCGCGGACCCGUACUGGUCUCGCACGGCGCUCUACGGCUACCUCAACCUCGUCGACAUGCCGCCGCCGGACCUGGCCGCCACCUCUGGCCGCGGGGCCCUCGUCGACGUCAAGGCGAUGCUUGCCUGUUGCACCGACACGGCCUCGGCCGCCGACAUUGUCAAGGCCGGGCUCGUCAGCAUGCUGGCCAAGGCCAUGACGAUGCUCCCCGAGGAGCUCGACGCCAACAAGCCGCCCAACGCAUACGGCGUCGACUCCCUGGUGGCCGUCGGCGUGCGCAACUUUGUCAUUAGCAGCUUCGGCGUCGCCGUGUCCGUGUUUGAGGUUCUGAGCGACGCCACCAUUGCCGAGCUGUCCAUGGCGAUUGCGGUCAAGGGGGGGUUCGGGACGGACAAGGCGUCGUAG